AUGACAUCGACCAACUUUGCGCAAGCGCAGCAGCGCCUGGCAGCCCGACGACAAGCCCGCGAAGCAGAGAACGCCGCCCGAAUCGCCGCGCAACACGAAUCAUCACGAGCACGCGCCCAGAUUGACCGGCUGCCCUUCCCCUUUAGUCGACUCGGAUCAGCAUGGGACGCCAUCUCCUCCCAGGACGGCACGCGUCCGGCAUUCAGAGUCGGACAGGUUGACGCCGAAUUAUUAGACGACGAGUUGCUGGAGCUCCUGCGCGGUCAGGUUGGUGAUGCGCUCAAAUACUUUGCCGGCGGCCACCUGAAAGACGACUGGUCAGCUGAGAUUCUCUUGGCACUGCGCGCGGUGCUGUUCAAGCUCACCGUGUGGGAUCACGAUGCGACCUAUGGUGCAGCGUUGCAGAACCUGAAAUACACUGACGCGCGCAAGGACGGCUCUGUUUUGGUGGCGCCUUCUAGAUGGCAAAAGUCUCUCUACGGACUGGCUACGGUCUUUGGAAGAUACGGCUGGGACAAGUGGGAGAACUGGUUGCUGGAGCAUGACGAAGGAUAUGGCGAUCCCAACCCACGCUUACAGCGACUAUCGCGCAUCACGUCGAGAAUCACCACCCUGCACGCGGGAGCAGCGUUCGUCUCCUUCCUGGUCUUUCUCCUGCAGGGAAGAUAUCGCACCCUAUUGGACAGAGUACUACGUAUGCGCCUCGCUCCACCAACAAGCCAGGUGAGCCGUGAGGUGUCUUUCGAAUACCUCAAUCGGCAACUCGUCUGGCACGCCUUCACCGAGUUUCUUUUGUUUGUUCUCCCACUUAUCGGCAUCAACCGGUGGAGGAGAUGGAUAUCACGAACGUGGCGCAAGACAAAGUCAAUCAUGACGACAAGCGGAGACGAAGACAAAUCGGCCAACGGAGAGUAUGGCUUCCUGCCGGAGCGCACCUGCGCCAUCUGCUACCAGGACCAGAACGCCCUGGCAACUACGGAGACCGAGAUCAUGGCGGCUGCAGCCUCGAGCGGUGUCAUUGGAUCGGCCCAAACAGAUAUCACGAACCCAUACGAGACUAUCCCUUGCGGUUGCAUAUACUGCUUCGUCUGUCUCGCGACCCGGCUGGAGCGAGAAGAGGGCGAGGGUUGGACUUGUCUCAGGUGUGGUGAGCUGGUCAAAGAGUGCAAACCCUGGAGUGGUGAUGUUUUGGAGCCACCAAAGAAAUCGCCGACGUCCAAGGUUGUGGCCUUUUCGGAAGACUUGAAGGAUGCGGAAGUUGAGGCCGAGAAUGAGGGUGAAGAGGAGGACGACGAACGCCACGAGGUUGACUUUGUGGACGUGCCGAAAGAGAAACAAUAUUCUACGGAUUCAGAGGAGACUGAGGACUCAGAGGGAUUCGAGGAGACCAUGGACAAUGACGAGGAGUAA